AUGCCAGAGUCCUUCUUGAAUUUCAAGGACAGUGGCUGCAGUUCUGUUGAAUAUAGAGCAUCUCCCCAAAGAAUGUUUCACCAGCCGUCUCUGCACCGGAGCUCUGUGUGCUCCACUUUCUGCACGGAUGGAAAUGUGCAAGAAUGUCUGCUCCACAUAACCCAGGAAAUGGCAUCGCUUGGCCUGUCUCCAAUUUGGGUUGAAUCUACCAGGCCCUCAGAGUUGGAAGUUGUGGCUGUGCUAAAUUGCAUUCAUGAUCUGAUUCAGCUGCACCUUAAGGACCUCCGGGCUCUGGAAAACAUGGAAGUGGAGCAGCUCAAGUCAAACAGUAGCAUAGACUCCCUGCAAAUCACAAGCACUCAAUUAAAGGAGGAACUUGAACAUUAUAAAAGAGAAAACAAUGGACUUCAUGAGAGAGAGCGCCAACUACAACACAAAGUCAAAAGUUUGCAACAUGGCCUUAAAAAUGAAAAAGAAGAGGUGCAAAAACUUCAGAGCAUCAUCUCAACCCGGGCUGGCCAGUACAAUCAUGAGAUGAAGAGGAAAGAGAGAGAGUUUGACAAAUUGAAGGAGCGAUUGAAUCAACUCCUUUCUGACAAAAAAGACAGAAAACAAGCCAUAGACGUGUUGAACAGAGUCGGACGAGCAGAUGGGAAGCGAAGCCUUUGGAAAACAGAGAAGACGGAAGCCAAACGUGAAGAAGAAAUGUAUAAAACUCUACUAAACGAUUACGACAACCGUCAGAGAGACCUCCUGCAGGAAAAUGCGGAACUAAAAAAAAUCUUGCAGCAAAUGAAGAAGGACAUGGUGUCCAUUCUCAAGUCAAAAAAAUCCACCAAAACAGAUAAAUUUGAACGUUUCCAGAAAGAGGAUGAUGAUGAUGAGGAGGAAGAUGCACUCAAUUCCACAAAACACAGUGUGGAGCUGUUUAGUGAUGAUGCUCGAGAACAACUAACAAAUGGUGUUCGGCUUCAGUGGAGGCGACUCAAAAACCACAUGGAAACACUAGACAGCAAAGUUGGGGAGUUGCCUGACAGAGAUUACAGUUCUGUGUCAGGACAAACUCAGGAGCAGGAAAUGGAGUCACUGAAGCUGGAGAUUCAAAAGUGCAAAGACUUUAUUCAAACCCAGCAGCAGCUCUUGCAGCAGCAGCUGAGCUCCCCGUGUGGUGAAGAAGUAACAUUAUUACCAACGAAGAUGCAGCAGGAGAAGGAGCGACUUGAAGGAGAGUGGGAAACUUUAGAGGAACAAAGACAGAUCUUUGACAGAGAACGAAGCAACUUUACAGAAGCAGCCAUUCGACUAAGUCACGAGAGGAAAUCUUUUGAGGAGAACCGCGCAAUGUGGCUUAAAUACCAUUUUUUAAAUUUGAGUCCAUUUCCUGACUCAAAUAAACCUGAAAUGCAAAGCUCAGAAAGUCCUUUUUCAAUAUUUGAGGCAGAAAAUAACCCAGGACCCGCUGCAGAAAAUGACUUCCACAGUUUGUGCGAAGGUUCCAGAACCAAAGCCGUGUCGGCGUCCUCUGAAGACCGGCGGCAGUGA